AUGGAGACCUACAGCCGCUAUCACGCACGGUGGUUCUCCAUGGAUUUGAAGAAUGACAUCUGCCAUGCCUAUUUCUUGCGGGAUCAGGGCGGCAAGAUUCCCAUUCUCAUGUCCGCCGAGAACGGCAUGGACCCGGGAGAACGGCCAGCCCAUCUGCGCACGCUGACCCAAAUCGAGGAGAUGAUCGUCGCCCGGUCGCAUGUGCAAAUGAUGGUCUAUCGCUACCGGGGCCACCAAUACCACUACUCGGGACACUGUGUAAGUUUCAUGCAAAACACGAUGAAGACGGUUGAUAUACUGCCUAAUCUGCCCGCGGAACUAGACGUGGUGGUGUUACGGCCCUCGGAUCGCGUCGUCGAGCAUGAUCUCCGCUAUCGACGCCAGUUUCGGUCGGAUUUUCGGGUUCGAAAGGGACAUGUCAUGACCUGGCUGCGGUUUCUCCAGGCGCACCACCCAGAUUACCGGUAUGUCACCAUUUCCCCGGAUCGGAUCGAUGCUCAACCGAUCGAUGGCGACAUAUCCUCAUCGUUUCUCGCUCUGAUCGACGAUACGAGUAUGGGGGAGGAACCCCCCGCGCCCGAACAACCGGUGUCCGCCGAGCUGCCCCCGCCGAAUUCUCAAUCGAUGGUCCCCAAUCUCAAUAUCACUACCACCGAGGCGGAUCUAAUCCCUUCCCGCAUCCUCGAUUCGACAGAGCCCUAUCGACGAAGCGUCGGGAAAGAUCGGAUCUUUGCCAUGGCCUUCCCGACAUUGUAUCCGACGGGCCAGGCCGAUUUCAACGCCCCCCGGAUACGAAAGGUGAGUUUAACCGAUUACGCGCGCCAUCUGAUGUGCUUUCACGACGGCGGGUUCGGCCGGCACCCGCGCUGGCGGUUUUUCGUCUUCAACCUCCUGAUGUGUCGAAAGGCCAACGGCGCGGCCCGUUUCUACGUGUCGAAGGCGUCCGGUCUGAAAGAUCUCAGUCGAGAGGAGCUGACGGAAGCCCUGCUGGCCGACGAUGCCCUCCUCCCUCAGAUUGUACGCCAAGGUUCCGAUCUGACGGGGACGCGCCCGUUUUGGAGAAGUAAGAGCAACCACUUACAAGCCCAGGCUCGCUUUCUCCCGCCCGGUAUGUCGCCUGUUUUUGUGACUUUGAGCGCCGCCGACAUGCAGUGGCAGGACCCAGUUUCCUCUCUGGCUCGCAUAUGCGAUUACCGUCUACAAGAGUCAGGGAUUAACACUGUCCAAAGUGGUGAUAAACCUGAAUCAGAGAGAGCAUUGCCUGGGCCUUUCGUAUGUAGCCGUGUCACGCGUGAAGACAUUAGAUGGGCUGUUAUUUGA